GUCGUGGAGCCAGCACCUUUAGUUACGACGCGAUAACAAACUCAAUUAUACCAAUCACCCCAAAAAUAGAAAACCACACCAGAGGACUGCAUUUCUCUGGUGUGACACGAACGGAUAUAGAGCUCGUCCGAUUUAAUCAAGUGUGCCACGUUGUGCUGUUGUAAAGGUCUCUCUACCCGUGAGCUCCUGCCUAUCUAACAUGAUCUGCUCUCCCCCUGCAGACCCAAAUCCCACUUGAUGGAACUAAGUAACCGAAUUAACAUUAAGCACCACAACUACGCUGCUUCUACAUCUACUCUACACCUACGUCCUCUAUGUACUCACCUCUUCAUUAGCUUUAAUAACUCAUCAACACCAACACGAAAGACAACAUGAGCAUCCAAAAGACGAUUCACUAUGGUGUCGGUGGCGCGAGCCAUGUCGCGGAAACCCCUGUCGAAGACAUGCUUACAGGGGACGCGCGACAGGAAACCCUCUGGAUCGGACCCGAAAGGAAACCGGAUGAGUCAAACUCUGAAGGCCCUAUUGAAUGGAAAGGACCGACGGGAGGGUACUACUGGAGGAAGUUGGAGAUCAUUUGUUAUUUGUAUGGUUUUCUUUUGUUUUGUGAAGUCGAUGAAUUUUUUUUACUGAAUUUGUAUUCUGCUACAACAGCAGCAUAUUCUUGUCAUCUUGCUUCAUCACAACGAACUUCUUUUUGAUCUUUUUCCAGAUCAUGGUUAUCGACAUCAACUCCUCUUAUUUACGGUUCUCCUUCAGUGCCGUCAUGUCCGGUGGCGCGGUCGCCUCUAGUGGGCCUAGAGAAGCAACCGAGAGCGCGAAUCAGGUGCAAGAACGCUUUUUGACUUCGCAGGCACAAUGGCUGCUAAAGCGGAAGUACAAGCAAGAGGUUCGCAAUGCCGAAGCCGAGUUAGAGCGGAUGAAAGAGUGUGUUUUUCGCCCAAAUCGGCAAGGGUCAGCGAAAGGAGGGAUCAUUAUGACAAUUUGAGUAGGUUAAACUUGUUAAAGUUCAAGUUCUUUAGAAGUAGUUCGUUGUUCUAUCUAGUAGAGGAAAUUGUGAUGGACGAGAAGGAAGAUCUUUGGAGAUUUUUGUACAACCCUGUUGACAUUUUACUUUCAGAUAGUGAUAGAAGAGCCUGUGCCUGCUCUUGCUCUAACACCUAAGGAGGCGGGUCCGGUGUGCACAUCAAUAUGCUCGGGAACAGUACUAGCGCAGGAGGACAUGCCGGUGUGAGUCCACUAAACAAUUCAUCGAGGAGUCUGAACCAUGUCGAGCUUCAUGAAGGAGGUCACUAUGGCGUUGGCGACCGGGAGCAUGACCCAGAGGACAGAUCAUUAAGGCUACCAAGCGAGCAUCCUACCUCCUACAGCAUGAUCCUUGGCCUCAUUUUCAAGAGGGAAAUCAUGGAUCCAGGGAUGGCCUCAGGGAUGCACGUUGGUAGCUCUAAGAUCAACAGCGUCUGCUUCAAUGAACAACAGAAACAACCACCGAACAACCGCCAUGACGCAUCACAAUGUCCUUGGUGCAACGCGAAAGACCUCACCUGGAGGAGGCGCUGAUGCAGGGGGGCCAGUGAGCCUCAGUGGGAACGUAGUAGGGGGAUCCAUGCAGCAUGGAGGCUCAUCUUCGUCAACCGCAAAUCUAAUGCGAAAAAACCGCAAUAACUUCCUGUACCAGCUCGAAAUGGCCCAGCGUUCGGAUCUGCACUCCAUUGCAGGCACAACACCGAUACAACCUGACGAUCCAAGUCUCAAAGUCCCUGAUAACAAUUACGAAGUCGCGAGCAAAUAUUUGGAGGUACCCGUAUCUAACAGCGGCUGGCUUGUUCAAGCGAGUUUGAUGUUACUAUAUAAAUAUCAUCCCGCAGCAUCUAUAUUUCCAUGUAAUAACUACUAGUACUAGUUGUUCAUCUCAUUCCACCCACGCCAACACCUUCGGGACAGAUAUCAGCCCACUCCGGUUUAUCGUAUAUCGAAGCACGAAAGGCGGAGGCUGAAGCAGCGAGACAGCGGCAGGAAGCACUGGAGAUGGCUGAGUGCACGUUUCAGCCUGAUCUGAGGCAGUCGCAGAAGAGCUACAAGUGUUAUCGGAGCUGUUUUUGGGACGAGUCGAAACACCUCAUAAUGCUGGGUCAGCAGAAGGAAGACGGAGAUGUGAGUACGUCAUCCUCGACGCCCGAAGGUAUGCUAGCGGCGGGGGCGAUAAUUGACGGACGGAAAGGGGGGUUGGGGAUAUUAAGGGAAGACACUUCUUUAGUUUUGCUCUAGUUCUCUUCAUAAGCUAAUGUUUUUACUAGAAAAUCAAGUUUCUGUUUUAGAAGUUGACAAGAAACGACGUGAGUCCCCUUGUGUACAAAAACUUCGUCACCAUUGCUCAUUGAAAAACUACAUACAACUAACUUCUUACCUCCUACUCCUCUAACCCCAGUCGACUCAGAAACCGAGGAGCGGCUCUUGCAGAGUCGUGUCGCUGCACGUAGUCGGGUGAGAGAGCAACGGAUGCGCGCAAAGGUGCUGAGCUCGAACGAAAACCAAAAUAUGACCUUUCACCCUAUGGUCAACGACAUACCUGAUGAGAUGAAGGCGGCGAGGAUAUACCUCUCAGAAGACGUCUUCAAAUUAAGGGCUUGCUCCACAUUGCAUUCACAUGCGAAAGAAACAUCCCUGGAAAAGUAAGGGGCCAGGGAUGUUCUGAGGAAUGCAAUACAUAGCGCAGCCUCUAAUCGAACGACUGUCCAUGCCGAACCACGAGAUACACAAUUCGAGUACAUCAGAUGCUGGGCGUGGCGGCAGAACAGGUGGAGGCAGUCAAAUGAACCUUGUAGGUGGUGGAGGAGCACACCUAGCAGCCGCAGGCGGUGGCGGUGACGUUGGAGCGAGCAUGCUGACGGGGGAUGCAGUACAAAUACUCGUAUUUGGGUUUGUCUUCGGAAGGAAAGGUAGUGCUGGGCACAUGAGGGUAUCUUCCACCAUCUAUUGAUAUGUUGUUCAUGCAGAUCAUAAAGAUGUUCUUGAGAACAAGUUCCCGCAUCACCGUGGUCACAUGAAUAAAUAAGAUUCACGACCCUCUUCUACCACAGGGCGCUUCCUUUGUUUCAGAGUCUGCGAAGCGCGAGAUUUAUCACAGUUUUCUGAUGCGACAGAACGAGAAGCAAUUCGAGAAGGAGGCGAAUAUGGAUGAACUUGAGAAGAAGUAUGCUAUCCAUCCGCACCAACCGCGUUUAAACACCCGCUCCCGACGUCUAGCAGCAACAAACCAGAAGCGGUCGAGUUACUUGCGAGGUACUGAUACUGGUGCGGCGCUCGCACAGGCGGCCACAGGUGGAGCCCAACAGGGUGGUGUAAAGUGGAAUCAGGUCUAUCCUGGAGGAAGUGGAGGUGGUAGAGGAAGCACUUCAUUUGGCAGUAUUCAUCAAGAAACUACUGACGAUGAUGUUCUGAAUGCGAUCGACGUGCGAAGAACUUGCUACGGCGACAUAGCGGGAGACCAGCAUGGCAGCUUCCUCAUGGGUCGUAGUCUUCACUACAACGCUGUCCGCGCAAGAACUUCACAACAGUUGUCAGGUGCUGGAGCUGGUCCGUCAGGAAUAUCACUAGGUGGAGGCGGACACCCACGCGCUUCAAAUGGAGGCGACGCACCGCCACCGCGGUCGCGAGCAGCCGAAACAGUGACGGAGUGCACUUUUGCGCCUCGGAUUAACCCUAAGUCUCAAACGCUGGCGAAGCGACGGUCUCUGGAGGAGCUCUCAGUCGGAGAUUUGGAUCGAAGGCGGGAACGCGUGAAGCAGAUAAGCCAAAGGCUCGAACAAAAGUUAUGGGUUACUUGGUGUUUAGUUGGGGUUGUCGUUGUCAGCAUGAGAUUCAGUCGCGAGCUCGAUGAGAGAAUUCAAUCCACCUUUUGUUGCUUCGCGAACAGCCUGUGAGAAUUGAAUAAGUAGAAGAUAGUUUGGGUUUAUUCCUUUGUUUUCUACUUUUUAUUCCCUUUUCUAAUCACUCAAGAAAAGGAGCUCGAGACCACGAAGUAUGUUCGCCCGGACCUUGGCGCCGUCACUCGCGCCUACGACACAGUACCUGCGAAGACCCAAGCCUACCGGUCUUACUAUGUCGAACAGCUGCGAGAAAAACAGCAGGAGCAGGACAGAAAACGGGAUGAAGAACGGUGGAAACGACAGCAGUCUGAACUGCGGGAAUGCAGAUUUCAGCCUGACGUUGAGAAAAGCGAGAAAAGUUUUAAACGUGAGUUUGGACCAGGACGACGCGUAUUUAAUUCGGCGUUGCUCGAAAGUGUCCUGUUGGAGGGAGGACAGUUUCCGAGUGGGAAGGGAGAUGGUAUUAACCUUGUUAUCGCUUGUUGUUGUUACAUUUUCUCAUUUCGCUUCUUAUUUUGAAACUCUUAGAUCCAAGAUCAUCUUGUUGGACUUACCUUUUCGCAAAUCAUCGACCAAACACGUCCAUAUAAAUUGUCCACACUCACCAGAAGUCGAUGGAGCACGCGCGCUCCUCUUGCAACGCGCUGCCGCAAGCAAGAAUUCGAACGAAAGUAAUCAUGCUGGUUCGUUUGCGGAUGCGCCGACCGCUGCCUCGAUGAAGGGAACCACAGUGAGCGGAUCAAGUGGUAUUUGUAUUGUCUUCUCUUUGCUUUUUCAAUCUCCACGUGCAGGAAGUUGGAUACAACUUCUCCCUCGACGUUGAUUUAUCUUGAACCCUUCUGGUUUUCCUAGGUAACACAACUUGCUACCUCUCCCGGUCGUGUAAACACAAAUAUGAAAAAUCUUGAUAUCAAAUUCAGCUUCCGGACGACCAGAGCCACCACCUCUGGAGACCGUUAUGGAGCCAGCUUAACCGAAGUAACUGGAUAAGCGACACUAGUAGCGCAUUUUGAAUUACUAUCCAUAGAUGAACUUACAAAUACAAAUAUAUUGAAACUGACACUGAUGCUUAGGCUUAAAGAUACCUACUUGUUACCUUUUCUAACGAUGGAUCCUGUUACCAUUUAGCUAUUUCCUUGGAUUGAACUACUUGAAUCGCAAACUACACAUUAGCAUUAGCAUGAUAUAUUAGACGCGAUAGCAAAUCAGACAGGCUUUCUUAUUCUCUUUUUAUGCAUUUGCAUGCUCAAAUCAGAUGAACUACAAGUAAGACAUGACGAAAGAAACGCAGCUACUCGAAAUCAUUUGCCAACCUAUUAUACUAUGCACAGACAGAGACAGAGGAAAUAAAUGACGCUGUUUCUCAACAAAUGAAAAAGGUAGCAUAAGUCUGCCAUGUUGAGAUAUUCUGGUCAAAGAUUAGCCUAUGUUUUAGAACUCGAUAUGUCAACCAAUGAAUGUAUUUUUUUCUUUUUUGGGAACAGUCAUCGUUGACCGCUACGCACGAUGUGACGCUAGAUUUCUGUAUCUGACACGGUCUAUAGAUGUCCAAAUUUUUGGCUAACGCUUAAUAUAGCAACCAGGAAGGCAUCUACUUUGAAGCAGUGACCUUAAAUAUCACGUUGUGGUCAUGGUCAUCAUGUGACACUCGAAUAUAACGUCGACGCAAUAGAGCUAGGUGCUGAAUCUGGACAACGACCAUCAUGGAUGUGAAAAAGUUCUUUGAAUAAUUGCAACAUGUUGUCGUCAAAGAGUAUAUUUUUGGCACGGGAACGCUGGAAUUUUCCGGCUUCGAUCAUGCAGUUUAUUAAGCUCGCGCCGAAC